CUCUUCAUUAGCUCCCCCUUGUCUUCAUUAUAUGCAGUACUAAUUUCCCCCUUUUGUGUUUGUUUGUGCAGAAAUGAAGUUGGAAUCACCUACUACGUUGAUCUUAUGCGGGAAAUCAAGUCCAGAGAACGAAUUAGCCAGGUUUUUGAAGAUCAAUAACACAAUAAAACUUCCAGAUAAUGCUUCGAUAAAUGUUGUUUUGCAUUCGGAGAAUGAAGAACAAGAGAGCUUUCAAAAGGAUGCGUUUCAGAUAGAUUCAUAUAUGAAUUCUCUUUCAACUUCUCGUGUCGGAAGAUUCCUCAUUUACUCUCCCAUAUUACCGACCACACACGAUAUUGUUUCCCAGUGGGCAAUAUUUCUUUUUUUCUUUAAGUAUCUUGUUGUAGACUCAUGCGAAUUCAUUUUAUUCUACAGUGUUAAGUGUUUGGUGUUGAUAAUUUUAACCAUGGCAAGUAAUUUUUGCGAGCUGCCGUUAGGCACAGUAUGUGUUGCUGAUGUGCAGCUCAAAGGCAGAGGUCGGUCAAAGAAUGUGUGGGAGUCGCCGAAGGGAUGCCUAAUGUUUUCAUUUUCAUUACAAAUGGAAGAUGGUCGAGUGGUGCCACUUGUGCAGUAUGUUGUGUGCCUGGCAAUGGCUGAGGCAAUUAAUGAUGUUUGUCUUCGAAAUGGCAUACCACCUCUAAAUGUUAGAAUAAAGUGGCCAAAUGAUCUGUAUUUAGAUGGUCUUAAAGUGGGAGGCAUUUUGUGCACAUCAACAUAUACAUCAAAGAAGUUCAAUGUCAGUGCUGGAAUUGGGGUGAAUGUUAGUAAUGAGAAACCAACAACAUGCUUGAAUGCAGUCAUACAAAGAUUAACCUCUGUUGCUUAUCAACUACAACGAGAAGAUAUCAUGGCAGCUUUCUUCAAUAAAUUUGAGAACUAUUACGAUAUUUUCCAAUCUCAAGGAUUUCAAGCACUUGAGGAAUUGUACUACAAGACAUGGCUGCACAGCGGACAGAGAGUUAUAGUACAGGAAAAGAAAGAAAAUCAGGAUCAAAUUUCAGAGAAUGUAGUUGCCAUCCAGGUGAAUUAACGGAUUACAUGGCCUUAAAAUG